GAAUUAACAACGGCUCCGUUCUGCUAGCUGGCUUGCCCAUCUCUCUUUUUAUCUACAAUCCUGAUUCCUGGAGCAAAAUUCCUAAAUACAACUCUUUCAUCAAUAGGAUUCCACUUCAAAGUUGUUUUUUUUUUGACAUCAUCAUCAUCAUUUUAUAUCUGAUCAAAUCUAAACACCAUCAGAUUCGUGUUCUGUUUUCAUUUUCCCCCACCCCCGCUUCUUUUCGUUCUUCUUCUCCGAUUCUUAGAUGAAAGCUAGGGUUAGUUUCAAUUCGAUCAACAGAUAAACAAAAAGACUUGCCCCAGUGGCGAUUCAGUAAUUAUUGUUAGAACUGGGGGCGAAUCAGUCUCACUCCCACCGUUACCCGGCUGCAGCCUCGGCUAAUCAAGCCGGCGUGGGAAUCUGGUUCUUUCUCCGUUCUCAAAGCAAUGCUCCUCGCAACCUCCAGUAUCUCACUCACAUCGAUUCUGUGAGCCGCCACCCUCCCGAUCGCACGCCACCGAUAAUGGACCACGCAUCUGCCGGCGCAGCCAUCAUAGAGGAACCGGAGUACCUAGCUCGGUACCUGGUGGUCAAGCACUCGUGGCGUGGCCGCUACAAGCGCAUACUGUGUAUCUCCAGCGUCUCCAUCAUUACCCUUGAUCCCUCAACGCUAUCUGUCACUAAUUCGUACGACGUGGCCAGCGACUUCGAAAGCGCGACGCCAAUUGUUGGGAGGGAUGAGUAUAACCCGAGCGAGUUCAACAUCAGUGUCAGGACAGACGGGCGGGGCAAGUUCAAGGCCAUCAAGUUCUCGUCGCGUUACAGGGCUAGCAUUUUGACCGAGUUGCACCGAAUUCGUUGGAACAGGCUCAGCACUGUUGCUGAGUUUCCGGUGCUGCAUCUCAGGAGACGGAAUUCAGAGUGGGUUCCUUUUAAAUUGAAGGUUACCUAUGUCGGGGUUGAACUUAUUGAGUUAAAAUCUGGAGAUCCUCGAUGGUGCUUGGAUUUUAGAGAUAUGAAUUCCCCUGCCAUCAUUCUUCUUUCUGAUGCAUAUGGGAGAAAAAAUGUUGAUCAUGGUGGUUUUAUUCUUUGUCCAUUGUAUGGAAGAAAAUCUAAAGCUUUCCAAGCUGCUUCAGGAACAUCAAAUUCUACAAUCAUUGCAAAUUUGACUAAAACUGCAAAAUCUAUGGUUGGGGUGUCACUUUCCAUAGACAGUUCAGAAUCCCUUACUGCAGCAGAGUAUAUAAAGAGAAGGGCCAAAGAACCAGUUGGAGCAGAAGAAACCCCUUGCGGGGGUUGGUCUGUAACAAGGUUAAGAUCUGCAGCUCAUGGAACUCUAAAUGUCUCCGGAUUGAGUUUGGGUGUUGGCCCAAAAGGUGGGCUUGGAGAGCAUGGUGAUGCUGUAUCCCGUCAGCUCAUUCUUUCUAAGGUUUCGCUUGUUGAGAGGCGACCGGAUAACUAUGAAGCUGUUAUUGUUCGUCCUUUAUCUGCAGUAAGUUCACUUGUUCGGUUCGCUGAGGAGCCUCAGAUGUUUGCAAUUGAAUUCAACGAUGGAUGCCCUAUCCAUGUCUAUGCAAGCACGUCUCGUGAUAGUCUCCUUGCAGCCGUUCGAGAUGUAUUGCAAACGGAAGGGCAGUGUGCUGUACCAGUGUUACCCAGGUUGACAAUGCCUGGUCAUCGCAUUGAUCCUCCCUGUGGGAGAGUUCAUUUGCAAUUUGGGUUACAACAACUUGCUGCUGAUAUGGAAAAUGCAUCUAUGCAUUUGAAACACUUAGCUGCUGCUGCAAAAGAUGCUGUUGCUGAAGGUGGCUCUAUUCCUGGUUCAAGAGCCAAGUUAUGGCGAAGGAUAAGGGAGUUCAAUGCUUGUAUCCUGUAUAGUGGAGUUCCUCCUGCUAUUGAAGUACCUGAAGUUACUUUGAUGGCCUUGAUUACUAUGCUUCCAUCAACUCCUAGUCUUCCUCCAGAGGCCCCUCCUUUGCCACCGCCUUCACCUAAAGCUGCUGCAACAGUAAUGGGCUUUGUUGCAUGUUUGCAUCGACUGUUAGCCUCAAGAAAUGCAGCUUCCCAUGUGUUGUCUUUCCCUGCAGCUGUUGGAAGAGUCAUGGGAUUACUUAGAAAUGGUUCUGAGGGUGUGGCUGCAGAAGCUGCUGGCCUUGUUGCAUCACUUAUUGGUGGGGGUCCUGCGGACCCAAACAUGGUUAUGGAUUCAAAAGGAGAACAACAUGCAACAAUUAUGCAUACAAAGUCUGUGUUGUUUGGUCAGCAAGGUUAUGUUACAGUCCUGGUCAAUAGAUUGAAACCCAUGUCAGUAUCUCCUCUAUUGUCAAUGGCUGUUGUUGAAGUUCUUGAAGCUAUGAUUUGUGAUCCACAUGGUGAAACUACUCAAUACACUGUCUUUGUUGAAUUGUUGCGCCAAGUUGCUGGUUUACGCCGUCGCUUGUUUGCAUUGUUUGGACAUCCUGCUGAAAGUGUGAGGGAAACAGUUGCAGUAAUAAUGCGUACAAUUGCAGAAGAAGAUGCAAUUGCCGCAGAAUCCAUGCGAGAUGCUGCAUUGCGCGAUGGUGCUCUGUUGAGACAUUUAUUGCAUGCUUUUUUUCUUCCUCCUGGUGAGCGUCGUGAGGUUAGUCAACAACUUGUUGCACUUUGGGCAGACUCUUAUCAACCAGCUCUGGUUCUACUAUCUAGAGUUCUACCUCCUGGACUUGUUGCUUAUUUACAUACACGUCCUGAUGGAGUUUUAGCUGAAGAUUCAAAUCAAGAAGGAUCCUUGACCGGUAGAAGACAUAGGCGUUUGCUUCAGCAGAGGAAAGGUCGUGUUGGAAGAGGAAUCACAUCUCAGGAAAAUCCCUUUUCUGUUAAUAAUGUUGAGGUAGGUGAUCCAGCAAGGCAAGCAGGUGCAGGCGCAGGUGCAGGUACUUACAGAGCUUCAGAGAACUAUCAUAAACCUGCUCAAGAUCCAAAUUCCAGUCAAGUUGCAGGCAUUCCAUCUGCCGCUGCUACCGUUGAAAAUAUGACUGGUGAUAUGUCCUCUGCAGGAGUUUUACAAAAUGGUCACUUACCUGUGGUAACUUCAGCUGAUUCUCCAUCAGCAAACAUGCAUGGGGUAUUUGAACCAAAUGCUUCAAUUUCAACAGAUUCGGAUUUGACCACAAUUGGUUUCCAGAAUGCAGGUCUUCCAGCACCUGCACAGGUUGUUGUGGAGAACACUCCAGUGGGUUCUGGUAGACUACUUUUGAAUUGGCCUGAGUUUUGGCGGGCUUUUAGCCUAGAUCACAAUCGUGCAGAUCUGAUAUGGAAUGAGCGCACAAGACAGGAGUUAAGGGAAGCAUUGCAGGCUGAGGUUCAUAAAUUAGAUGUUGAAAAGGAGCGUACUGAUGAUAUUGCUCCUGGAGGUGCUUCUGUAGAAGUAACUGGCCAAGAGAGCGUGCCACGGAUAUCGUGGAACUAUUCUGAGUUCUCUGUUAGUUAUCCCAGCUUAUCCAAGGAAGUUUGUGUGGGUCAAUAUUAUCUGCGUUUGCUGCUUGAGAGUGGGAGCAGUGGCAGGGCACAGGAUUUUCCCUUACGUGAUCCAGUUGCCUUCUUCAGAGCACUCUAUCAUCGGUUCUUAUGUGAUGCUGAUAUAGGGCUGACAGUAGAUGGUGCUGUUCCUGAUGAAUUGGGAUCAUCUGAUGAUUGGUGUGACAUGGGGAGACUAGAUGGUUUUGGGGGAGGGGGUGGAUCCUCAGUUAGGGAACUUUGUGCAAGGGCCAUGGCAAUUGUAUAUGAGCAGCAUUACAAUACAAUAGGCCCUUUUGAAGGCACUGCACAUAUUACAGUUCUCUUGGAUAGGACAGAUGAUAGGGCUUUGAGGCACCGUCUUCUGCUCCUUUUAAAGGUCUUAAUGAAUGUUUUGUCAAAUGUGGAGGCUUGUGUUCUGGUUGGAGGCUGUGUCUUAGCAGUUGAUCUUCUUACAGUGGCCCAUGAAGCUUCAGAAAGGACUGCUAUCCCUUUACAGUCGAACUUGAUAGCUGCCACUGCCUUCAUGGAACCACUUAAGGAAUGGAUGUAUCUUGAUAAGGAUGGCAGUCAAGUUGGACCUUUGGAGAAAGAUGCGAUCAGAAGGUUAUGGUCAAAAAAAGAAAUUGACUGGGUAACAAGAUGCUGGGCUUCUGGGAUGCUGGACUGGAAGCGAUUACGUGAUAUACGGGAACUUAGGUGGGCAUUAGCUGUCCGGGUUCCUGUCCUCACACCAACACAGGUAGGGGAUGCAGCAUUAUCCAUAUUACACAGCAUGGUGUCUGCACACUCAGAUUUGGAUGAUGCUGGAGAGAUAGUUACUCCAACUCCAAGGGUAAAACGGAUCUUGUCAAGUUCGCGUUGCCUUCCACAUAUUGCACAGGCUAUGCUUUCUGGGGAACCAACUAUUGUGGAGGCUGCUGCUGCAUUGCUGAAGGCUGUUGUCACCAGAAAUCCAAAGGCAAUGAUACGCCUAUACAGUACUGGGGCAUUUUAUUUUGCCCUUGCAUAUCCUGGAUCUAAUCUCUUCUCAAUAGCGCAACUUUUCUCAGUGACUCAUGUCCAUCAAGCCUUUCAUGGUGGGGAAGAAGCCGCAGUUUCCUCCUCGUUACCAUUGGCAAAACGUAGUGUAUUGGGUGGGCUUCUUCCAGAGUCUUUGCUGUAUGUCCUGGAGCGAAGUGGUCCUGCAGCCUUUGCAGCAGCAAUGGUUUCUGAUUCUGAUACUCCAGAGAUUAUAUGGACGCAUAAAAUGCGGGCAGAAAAUCUUAUUUGCCAGGUUUUGCAGCAUCUUGGUGAUUUUCCCCAGAAACUGUCACAGCAUUGCCAUUCUUUAUAUGAGUAUGCUCCUAUGCCACCUGUAACUUAUCCAGAGCUUAGAGAUGAAAUGUGGUGUCACCGUUAUUAUCUCCGAAACUUGUGUGACGAGAUUCGAUUUCCAAAUUGGCCGAUUGUUGAACAUGUGGAAUUUCUGCAGUCGUUAUUGGUUAUGUGGCGAGAAGAGUUGACACGUAGACCCAUGGACCUUUCUGAAGAAGAAGCUUGUAAAAUAUUGGAAAUAUCCUUAGACGAUAUAGCAAGUGAUGAAGUGAGAAAGAAGAAUUCUUUUGAGAUGAGUGAGGAGGUAUCUAGCAUAUCCAAACAGAUUGAGAACAUUGAUGAAGAAAAGCUUAAGAGACAGUAUAGGAAACUUGCAAUGAAAUACCAUCCUGACAAAAAUCCUGAAGGGAGGGAGAAGUUUCUCUCUGUACAGAAAGCUUAUGAACGACUCCAGGUAGUUUUCAACACUCACAAAUAA